GAGCCGCGCCCCGCCGAGCCCGCGCCCGCUCAGCGCAGGGCAGAAUACAGAACUAUGAUAGCAACUGGAGGAGUAAUAACAGGCCUGGCUGCCUUAAAGAGGCAAGACUCUGCCAGAUCUCAGCACCAUUUAAAUCUUGCCACAUCACCAACUCCUGAAGAGAAAAAGCCAGUCAGACGCCGGCCCAGAGCUGAUGUAGUAAUUGUCAGAGGCAAAAUCCGUCUUUAUUCCCCAUCUGGAUUCUUUCUUGUUUUGGGAGUGCUUAUCUCAUUCAUGGGAAUUGCAAUGGCCAUCCUUGGAUACUGGCCUCAAAAGGAAGAAUUUUUAGGUCCUGAUGCUACACUGUCAAUAAAUGAAACCCAAGUUGUACAAAACCAAGGUGGAGUUAUACUUCGUUUCUUUGAACAGCAUUUACACUCGGAUAAAAUGAAGAUGUUGGGCCCCUUCACUAUGGGCAUUGGAAUCUUUAUUUUUAUUUGUGCUAAUGCUAUUCUACAUGAAAAUCGUGACAAGGAAACAAAAAUCAUACACAUGAGAGACAUAUAUUCCACUGUAAUAGACAUCCACACUCUAAGAAUAAAGGAACAAAAGCAACUAAAUGGUGCCUUCACAGGCUUAUUAGGAGAACGUGAAUUCAAGCAUAGUGGGAACACCUGUGCAUCGUGUUUGGCUGCAAACACAAUUGCACCUUUUUCUGGCUUUAGAAGGAGUAGUUUUCGAAUAGAUAGUUCUGCUGAGGAAGAUGAAGUUGCCAUACAUGAAGACAAGAACAUUACUAACCUUCUACCCCCUCUGUUAACUGAACGUUCUGGCUCAGUCUUUGGACUCUGCCCUCCCCCUAACAAGGCUAUUGAUGACAAAAAUGCUAGCUCUAUAAAGUGUGAAACAAAAUCAAUUGUAUCAUCCUCCAUUAGUGCUUUUACACUUCCUGUAAUUAAACUGAAUAACUGUGUUAUUGAUGAACCUAGUAUAGACAACAUCACUGAGGACUCCGAGAUCACUAGAAGCCGGUCUAGAAAUUUGUCAAUGGACUCUCUAGCCAUUCCAUUAACUGAUACCAAUGAAUCCUACAAACGUGUCAGUGCAGCACUACCACGAAAUAAUUCAUUUGUGGAUUCUCCAUCCAGUCAGUUCAAAUCUUCUAUGACUCUUGAACCAAGCACUGGAAAACUUUUAUCGCCUGGUGCUGCCAGAAAACAGUUUGGGUCCAACACAUCAUUGCAUCUUCUGUCUGCACAUUCAAAAUCCUUGGACUUAGACAGGGGUCCAUCUACACUCACUGUCCAAGCUGAACAAAGAAAACAUCCCAGCUGGCCCAGAUUGGAUCGCAGCAACAGUAAAGGAUAUAUGAAACUAGAAAACAAAGAGGACCCAAUGGAUAGAUUACUUGUACCUCAAGCUGCAGUCAAAAAAGACUUUACAAAUAAAGAAAAACUUCUUAUGAUAUCAAGAUCUCAUAAUAAUUUGAGCUUUGAACAUGAUGAGUUUUUGAGUAACAACCUAAAGCGGGGAACUUCUGAAACAAGAUUUUAAUAUUUAAAAUACAAUUUACAAGAUGUCAUAAAGUAUUUUUAGAACAUUUUGAAAAGUGUUUCUUUUUCAUUGAAAGUGGUACAAGCCUGUUUUUACCAAAUGCUUAUAGCACAUUAUAAUUGGCUUAUGUGAGCAGAGAUCAUCAUCUUUGUAAUGCCAACAAUUCUAUGUCUUGGUAACAUGCAACUGCAAUAUUGUUCAUUAACAUCACUCAGAAUAUGUUGGUGCCACAGAUUCCGUUUCCUCCAAGCAGUUACUCCUUUGAGUCUAUAUUAGCAUGUUAUCUUUCAUCAUUCAUGAGUCAAGAAGCCUGCACCAGAACUAUAGCUCCCAUUUUGCUUGUAUUUUCAGUUAAUUUAAUGUUUGCAACAUUCUAACAAUGGUACUUCCAGUUUAGGAUGAAAAGUGAGUAGGAGUUGUACUGGAAUUGCCAAAGUCAGGCCCGUGUUAUAGAUAUUGUCUUUAAUACAUCUUGGUAACUACAAACCUAUAAUAUUGUGAAAAGUUAUUUUACUUGUUGGGGUGGGAGUGUAGAAGAAAAUUGGACAGAUUAAACAUAAUUUUUAUGAACUCAUUGUAAAUGGUCAAGUUGAAAAUGAGUGUUGUGAACUCUUAACUAUGCUUUAUGUGAUAACCUUUCUACAUCCGUAAAACCUAGUACUGUAAUUCAAGGAAAUCAUAUGCAGAACACAAUGGCCAUAGCUUAGAAAUUUGCAGAUUUUUAUGAGAUUAGUUACCAAAAGCAUAUCAUGAGACAACAAUUUUAGAAACAAAAAUAGGGAUUUAAAUUAAAAUAUGAACAUGAUGAAUGAAAGCAAAGUUUUAGAAAUAUGAUGUAACGUAUCUUGAUGUGGCAAAAAUACAAAGAAUAAGUAAAUAUAUAUCAUUUGUAUUUACAGUACCCAAAACUUAAGAUUGCUAUAUUUGAAAGUACAGAAACAGCUAUAAUGAUAUUAGUGUAAAAGCCCUACUAGCAUAAUUUUGACUUGAACACUUUGCAUAGCUAUAGUGUGAUAGUUUAGCUGCAAUAAGGUGCUUUGAAGGAUUUGCAAAUGAGGGGAUGGCAUUUAAAACACAAAGUAUUCUGUGAGCAAAACAAGAUUCAGUUUCAGUUAUAGGUUAUUGCUAAAGAAAUUAAUACAUGAAAGCAUGUACUAGACAUUUUCAUGUAUUCCAUUAAUGUAUUCCCUGCUAUGGGAACCAUACUGGAUAACAUUUAUGCCCACUUCUUGGUUCACAAAGCAGGACUGGGGUGGUAAUUGGUCAUCUUUGAUCUUUUCACUUAACCUAAAUACUCAGGAAUUACUUUAAUGGCUUUUCCCAAAAAAGAAUCAAACACAUUAAGAUGUUGUUGUACUUCAGUUGACCAUGAAAGAUGAAAGACAGAAAUAUUCUUUUCUAAUUUUCAGAUUCAUAUUUCAACAAUGCAGUGUUUGUGUGUCAAGAGCAUUCUUGCUCCGUGCAUUGAGGCAUAGUGUUACUUGUUAGAACCUCAAGCCUAUAUAUUGUAACAGAGUUGGCUAAAUAUUUUGCUAUGAAGCUUUUAAUAAC